AUGCGUGGUGGGCGGGAAGGCCAGGACUGUCGGGAAUCCUCCUAUCUCCAUAUCUCGGGUGUCAUUUUUCUGCCAUUCCACAGAAUUGACUCACACCACGGCCUUGCACAGGCCAUGUCGGAGGAUGUGGCUGUGCUGGUGUAUCUCGCCUGCCGCCCUGAGCCAUUUUUUCACCCUUCUCUGCCUCGCUCUGUGUCCAGGAAGCUGACCCCUCCGUCUUCCAGCCCCUUCUGCGCUGUUGGCUGGUUUCUAACUUACACCAGCCAAUGGGAAGCGCCGGUAGGAGACUGGCGGGGAAAAGGCGGACCGGGCGGGCUGGGAUGCUUCUUGCCUGUCCCUCCCGGAUCUGGAACCUCAGACCUGACAGUGUCACGUUCCUCUGUGACAAUAGCUACCCCUGGAGCAACAGCCCCCUCUUCCACUGGGUUCCAUCCUUUCCUUCUGCCUGUUCAGGCCUAG